GUCAAACUAUUAGCCAAACUCGAUUGUUGGUAAUUCGACAGACAGCUCGGUUUACUCCUAUAACACGCCCGAGGUUGCGUCACAUUAUUGGGUGUUGUCUCUCGGUUUAAUUAAUGUUAGUAUAAUAAAGUGUUAAAAAUGUUCACCGGAUUUGGUGAUCGAAGACUGUUAAUAGUCUUUAGUUUAUUUUGGCUGCACGUUCACAGUCAGAAUCUAAAUAAUACUGUUACAUGGUGUACAAUAUCGGCAGCUGAACAAGACAAAUGCAAUGCAUUUUCAAGAGCAAUUGACCGCGAGAUAGCAUUCUUUGAUCGUAACUACAUAUCACUGCAAUGUAAACAAGCAUCGAGCAAAGAGGAAUGCGUGGCCAUGCUAGACCAUGAGAAAGCUCAGAUAACCACUUUGGAUCCCGGAGAGAUUUUUAUAGCAGGAAGAUAUCACAGUUUAAUACCGAUUAUGCAAGAGAUAUACGAGAGUGGAUUAAACUAUCAAUACGCAGUCGCAGUAAUUAAGAAAGGAUCUUUACAGGAUGUACAGAAUUUACACGACUUGAGAGGCAAAAAGGCCUGCUUCGCUGGUCUUGGGAUGCUUGCUGGUUGGGUUAUUCCCAUUCAUGUUCUUAUGAAACAAGGUGGACUAGAAAUUAUCGAUUGCAAUAAUCAUGUAAAAUCUGCUAUCACAUAUUUUGGCCCCAGUUGUGCAGUUAACUCAUUAAUAGAUAAAUAUAAUCCAUUGGGUGAUAAUUCUGAUCAAUUGUGCAAGCUGUGCAUUGGCAAGAUACCCGGGGAAAGGUGUACAAGCGCAGAUCCUUAUGCAGGAUACGAGGGAGCAUUUAGAUGCUUGGUAGAAGCAGGAGAAAUUGCUUUCUUAGUGAACUCGACCGUGGAUGAAAUGAUAUCAACGUCUUUCGAUUUCCUUAAUGUGAAGAAGCAUCAGUACGAGUUGCUUUGUACGGACGGCAGCCGAAAGAGCAUCGACGAAUUCAAGCAUUGUAACUGGGGAACGGUGCCAUCGCGCGCCGUAGUUACAUCAUCCGCCACGAAAAUCGAGACACGUCGACUGUAUCAGCGGUUUUUGGAAAGAGCAGUUCGGAUAUUGAACAAAGACAUCGUCCAGAACUCGACCGAUUUUUACGACAAUCGUUUCGAGAACAGGCCGGGCUACAAUAACAGAUUCGACGAGAAUAACUACAACAGAAGCAGCUACGGCAACCCUAACGAGUACAACACAGACAAUUUCGAGAAUCGCAACGGCUACGAUAGAAGUUACAACGGUAAUGGCUGGGACAAAACGGAAUCAACGAAUAUACAACCGAUAGAGACAUUUAACUUGUUCGAAUCGGCACCGAAAUACGGAUUGCAUCACAACUUAAUGUUCUCGGACUCUGCUCGAGACUUCGUUCAAUUACCAGAAAAAGAUCAAACUUACAGUGGCUAUUUGGGUAGAUCGCUGGACCCUAUACUAGAAGUUCGUCGCUGUCCCGUGAAUAAAAUGACUCUGUGCGUUACGUCCGACCCGGAAAUGGAGAAGUGUGUGAAAAUGAAGAUAGCAUUAAAGGCGCAACUACUGAAGCCUGAAUUAAACUGUCACAAGGGCCACAGUCAAAUUCAUUGCAUGCAGGCAAUUCAAAGCGGGAACGCGGACGUAUCAGUGUUGGACACCAGCGACGUGUACACCGCCGGGCUACGCUUUGAUUUAAUCCCGUUCAUCUCCGAGGUCUACAACCUGCCCACGCCAGAGUACUAUGUAGUUGCGGUGGCGAAGGAAGAGGACGACAACACGGAUCUGACCUACUUGAAGAACAAAUACACUUGUCACACCGGGAUAAACACGGCCGCGGGCUGGGUUUAUCCUCUCGCGUAUCUUAUCUCGAAUACCUGGAUCAGGGGCUACGGUUGCGACUCCGUGCGCGCCGCCGCUGAAUAUUUCAGUAAAUCUUGCGUGCCGGGUGCCCUCAGCACCGAAUACAAUACAGGAGUGCCUUACGACAAUAUGUGCGAUCUGUGUCACGGGGCGAGCUUCCGCUACUGCCGCAGGGACGCUUCCGAGGACUACUUCGGCUACACCGGUGCCUUCAGAUGUCUGGUAGAAGGUGGCGGAGACGUGGCCUUCGUGAAACACACGACGGUCGCCGAGAACACCGACGGGAAACGGAAGGAGACAUGGGCGCGCAACACCUUCCUCAAGGACUUCGAGCUGCUUUGUCCGGACGGCACUCGACGACCCACGACCGAUUACAUACACUGCAACCUCGGGAAAGUCUCGUCGAACGCGAUAGUCACCCGCGGGGGAUAUUACGGAUACAACGAGACACAGAUAAACGCGUACAUCAAUCUGUUCAUUUACGCGCAGCAGUUCUAUGGCAGGAAAGAGCAGGACGAAUUUAGCUUCAGCAUGUUCUUCAGCGAGCCUCCUUACAGCGACCUGAUCUUCCAAGACGCCACGCAACAAUUGGUGGUCGUACCACCCGAGAAAAGAGAGUUCAGCGCCUAUCUGGGCAGCGACUUUAUGCGAGCCCGAAGAAUCGUCGAUUGCAACGCCGGCGCGUCCGCUAUAGAGCAAUCGAUAUUGGCCACGAUGGCUAUGAUUUUACUCACUUAUGUGUUCAGUAGAUAAAAUUUCGCUAGACUAUCUUGUUAGAACGUGUACAAUAGAACCGAAUGAAGACGAAACGUUUAGAAUGUUCGUGGUAUGUUGCAUAAAAAGACAUUAGUAUAUCUCGCCACGUUAUCUAAGUUAUAGUUUUAUAAUCUCCUCGUGGUACGCGUUCACGAGUUGAUCGUAGUUUCUCUGUUUUAUAUACAAACGCCUUAUUAUAUGACUGAACGCGUUCAAGAUCGUUUUAUAGCAUGAAGUGAUAUCUUCUUUUUUUUUUUGUUGUUGUCGUCCUAAGGAUUCCAGAAUCGAAACCGAUCCGUCCAUAUUUCGAGAUCUUAAACGUUACUGUAAGAUUUUAACGUAGGUAAUAAUAGGUUUACAUGUAUCUCUUAUGCCGUCCACUGACAUUUUUGUACAUUCUGAUUUAAAUAAAUUUAUAUAUUCGUA